AAGUCCUGUUCAGAUCUCAGUCUGGCAGGUCUGCUGGAAUUAGUGAACGUUUGCGACUUGCAAAUACUCUGGGUUAACCUCUUCAUAUAUUUUAUUUUAUCACAAUGGAGGAGGACAUCCUGUGGGCGACGUCUGUGGUAGAUAGAAGAGCGGCCCUUGAUGAACGGGAGGAGGCAGAGGGUCAAGUGAGAAAGAUCUCCUCUGAUCUGAGGAGUGAGAUCGUUGAUCUGGGGGGUGCAGAGAACAUUAUUGAGCUGUGUAUGAAGAAGAAGAUCAGGAACAAAACCGCAAAAGCUCCCAAAGACCCAAUGGAUGUUCCGGUGGGACCUGUGGAACAGGGUGAGUUUUUAAAAGCAGCAGCUCAGGGAAAGAUUGAAGUAGUUGAGAAAUUUCUGGAAGAUGGAGGAGAUCCCAACAUCUGUGAUGAGUUCAGGAAAACAGCGCUGCAUCAGGCUGCUUUGGAAGAUCAUGCUAAAAUAGUGGAAAAAUUACUGGACAAAGGUGCUGAUAUCAACUUUAAAGACAGGCUGGACUCCAGAGCUGUACAUUGGGCUUGCAGAGGUGGAAGUCUCUCAGCACUAAAGGCUCUUCAGGACAGGGGAGCUGACAUCAAUGUCAGAGACAAAGUACGGCAAAAUAAUCAAAAGUAUAUAAAAAUAAGAUGUAUGAGAAAUAUUAUUAAAUUCUCUCCCGUACAGCUGCUUAGCUCACCUUUGCACGUGGCCACACGGACAGGUCACAGUGAUGUGGUCCAACAUCUUCUAACCAGUGGAAGCAAUAUUAAUGCCAAAGAUUGGGAAGGAGACACGGCACUGCAUGAUGCUGUCAGAUUAAAUCGAUAUAAAAUUGUCAAACUCCUUAUACUGGCAGGAGCCGAUAUGCAGAUCAAGAAUGCUGAGGGCAUUACGGCCACAGAACAGGUGAAGCAAUGGCAGUUUGACACGAAGGAGACACUGGAGAAACUAGAACAGAUGUGAGAGGUUGGUCUGUUCUGACAGACUCAUGGAGAUGCAUUGGAUUCAUUAGAGCGUCUGUGAACAGGUGCACAGCUGGGGAACAACCCCACCUCUGUCUGAGUAACUAUUUACUUUCUGUGUUAAUUAGUGCUGAAAGGUGCCUGUCCUCACCAAUUCAUUAGUAUACUGGAUAAAUGAGCUUUUAUUAAUCUAUAUACCAAUGAGGCUUAAAAUGUGUAUUUUUGACAACGGAGUGGGGAUCCAUUUGCAGGAGUUAUUAUUAAAAGAGAGCAUGGUAAAACAGGAAGGGUCCAGAAACGGCAAACAGUAACAGCAGAGACAAGGCAAAAGAGAAUCCAUGUAUCAUUCCUUCAUUAGUAUUUUUUUUAUUUAAUAUUGAAAGUAG